GGAGCGGCCCCUUCCCGCUCUUCCUGGUCGCGCCGCGGCGGCGGCGGCGGCGGGCGGGCCGGCCAUGGUGCGGCGCGCCCGGCUGGCGCUGGUGGCGGCGGCGCUGGUGGCUCUCGGGCCGCCGGUGGGUCAGGGCGCCCGGGCCCUGGAGUGGUACACGGCGUGGGUGAGCACGGCCUACGUGGAGCCCCUCAGCAACCGCACGGUGCGGGGCAACACCGAGAGCGGCCGCUACGGGGACAGCUCGCCCAAGGAGAGCGCCCAGGGCCUGGUGGGCAUCCCCCGCGGCGCCUCGCCCCGCCACAUGGAGGGCUGCGCCGCAGACACCGACUACGACGUGCCGCUGCCGCCCGGCGGCCGCGGGCCCCCCGAGGGCGACCCGCCGCCCUGGAUCGCGCUGGUGGCCCGCGGCGGCUGCACCUUCAAGGACAAGGUCACCAACGCGGCGCGGAAGCGGGCGGCCGCCGUCGUCAUUUACAACGAGGCCCGUUUCGGCAACAGCACCGUCUCCAUGUCCCACCUGGGAACAGGAAAUACAGUGGUGAUAAUGGUUGGCUAUCCAAAAGGAAUAGAGAUACUGGAGCCAGUACGAAGAGGGAUUCCAGUAAAAAUGACUAUUGUUGUUGGCACACGGCACGUGCAGGAAUACAUUAGUGGUCAGUCGGUUGUGUUUGUAGCCAUCGCCUUCAUCACCAUGAUGAUUAUAUCACUUGCUUGGCUCAUAUUUUACUAUAUACAACGUUUCCUGUAUACAGGAUCACAGUUUGGAAACCAGGGACAUAGGAAAGAAACAAAGAAAGCGAUCAGCCAGCUUCAGCUGCAUACAGUGAAACGUGGAGAAAAGGGUUUAGAUGUUGAUGUGGAAAACUGUGCUGUGUGCAUUGAGAACUAUAAACUGAAAGACACUGUCCGAAUUCUGCCAUGCAAGCACAUCUUCCAUAGAACGUGCAUUGACCCUUGGCUUUUGGACCACCGGACUUGUCCAAUGUGUAAACUAGAUGUUAUCAAAGCUUUGGGAUACUGGGGGGACCCUGAAGAUGUACUUGAAGUUCCAAUACCUGAAUCAAUAAGUGGCAGCGUUUCAGUCGGAAGUCUGAGUAUUGCUUUACAAGAUGACGACAGAAAUGAACUAAGCGAAUUGUCAGCUUCCUCCACUAAUGAGUCUGUAUUGCAGUGUACCAGUUUAAAAGAGGACGCAGGUGAAACCACAGCAUUACUUGAUGUGGAUGUCAGUAAUAACCGGCAUGGAGAACAUCUAUCUAAUGGAAAUUCCCACUGAACUGCUUCAUGGAAGAUAUCUUGAAUAGACUGUUGAAGAACUAUUAUUUUUUAUUUAAUUAGUAUGGACUUUUGUCUAGUUAAUGGAAAAAAUAACAAUGUAAAUUAUUUUACCUUUCAAACUUUUCUAGCUGGUGUUCCAAAAGGGCUAAUAACUAAGAAUUUUGUACGCAGGAGGAUUUUAUAAAAUCUCCUCUGGAUGUCUCAUCCUAAAAAAAGAUGCAAUAACCCUUUUUCUGUAAGCAUUGUUACAAUGUCAUUGUGUUCCAGAGGGCUGUAACAAAGAUGAAGACUAGGCAGUGAAAACAAUGUAGAAUGUCUAAUGGAUAAAUAGUUUGGAUGCACUAUUUACAUUCAGUAUGUACACAUGGAGAACACUUACAAGACUACAACUAUUAAAAUGUUCUGAAAGUUCUGA